UUUCCACACAAUGUACCGUGAAAGUCCAGUGUCAUACUUAAGAGGGUUUUUUUUUUUAACUUCAUUACUGGAAAAUGUUAACAAACAUAAACUACGGCACAGAAAAUGUUUCAAUCACUUAUAACUUUGGCAAAGCCAGGGAUGGUAUUAAAACGCUUUAUACUAUCAGCAUUUUUUAAAGAAUAAUCAAAGGUUUGUAAUUCUAUGAUAAUACUUUUCACCAUCAUAAUAACAAUCAUUGCAGGGUUUAUUUUUGAGCGGUUGGAGUGAAUUGAGCGGAAUCCAAGUAGGAACUCUUAAUCGUAGGAACUAUUUCCAUGCACUUCAAUUCUACUCGGUUGACGGAUCCCUUGGACAAGGCUCUCAGUUCCUGCACGCCAUUGUGACUGUGGGGUACUUUAUUUUACUUUCCUGUCGUCCAGAGUGUGAGACGUUUUCACAAUUUGGGUUUUAGCGUAAAAACGACAGGAAAACGAUGUCUUCAGACUCCUGGGCCCAGGCAGUGGACGAGCAAGAGGCUGCGGCAGAAUCAAUUGGUAACCUUCAAAUAAAAGAGACGCUUGGAGAAAAUGGAACAUCUCAACUGUCAGCAGACAGUAAUGCAGCCAAGUCAGAAGUGGGAGUUAAGACUGUUGGGGAUAAAAAAACGGAUGAUGAUGAAAGAGAUGACAAAGCGGCCCAGUCAUUAUUGAAUAAGCUCAUCAGAAGUAAUCUUGUCAACACCACAAAUCAGGUUGAAGUACUUCAAAAGGAUCCCAACUCUCCACUCUACUCUGUUAAAUCAUUUGAGGAGUUGCGACUAAAACCACAGCUCCUUCAGGGUGUUUAUGGCAUGGGUUUUAACAGGCCAUCCAAAAUACAGGAAACAGCCUUACCCAUGAUGCUUGCUGAACCUCCACAGAAUCUGAUUGCCCAGUCUCAGUCAGGAACAGGAAAAACAGCUGCCUUUGUCCUCGCCAUGCUCAGUCAUGUCAAUCCCGACAACAAGUAUCCUCAGUGCCUGUGUUUGUCACCCACCUAUGAACUGGCACUUCAGACUGGUAAAGUGAUUGAGCAGAUGGGUAAACACUAUCCUGAAGUCAAAUUAGUUUAUGCCAUCCGAGGAAAAAGGCUGCAGCGAGGCGCGAAACUUCAGGAACAGAUAGUCAUUGGCACACCUGGCACCAUGCUAGACUGGUGCAGCAAGUUGAAGUUCAUCGAUCCUGAGAAGAUUCGGGUGUUCGUGCUUGAUGAGGCUGAUGUCAUGAUUGCAACGCAGGGUCACAAAGACCAAAGUAUCCGCAUCCAGAGGAUGCUGCCCAAAAACUGCCAGAUGUUGCUGUUUUCAGCCACAUUUGAGGAGACUGUUUGGGAUUUCGCCAAGCGCAUCGUCCCUGAUCCAAACAUCAUCAAAUUAAAACGAGAGGAGGAAACUCUGGAUACAAUCAAACAGUACUAUGUAUUGUGUAACAGCAAAGAGGAGAAGUUUGAAGCGUUGUGCAACAUCUAUGGAGCCAUCACCAUUGCCCAGGCCAUGAUUUUCUGUCAUACAAGGAAGACUGCAGGCUGGCUGGCAGGGGAGCUUUCCAAAGAAAACCACCAGGUGGCGCUCCUCAGCGGAGAGAUGCAAGUGGAGCAGAGAGCAGCAGUCAUUGAACGCUUCAGAGAUGGAAAGGAGAAGGUCCUUGUCACCACAAAUGUCUGUGCCAGAGGAAUUGAUGUGGAGCAGGUAUCGGUGGUGAUCAAUUUCGACCUACCAGUAGACCAAGAUGGUAACCCAGACAACGAGACGUACCUGCACAGGAUUGGCCGUACGGGUCGAUUCGGCAAAAGGGGGCUGGCCAUCAACAUGGUGGAUAGCAGGAUGAGUAUGAACAUCCUCAACAGGAUCCAGGAUCAUUUUAAUAAAAAAAUUGAAAAACUAGAUACACACGAUCUGGAUGAAAUAGAGAAAAUUGCAAGCUAAAGACAAGUGUGCUGAAGUGGACGCCAACUAGACUUGUCUGUGAUCUGCAAGGACUGUAUGCCUCUUUACACUCUCUUUUAAGUUUGUAUUUUAUUUUAAAUGUGUGCGUGUGGGUGGGGGGGGGACACAAAUACUGCACGUUUACACGUGGAAUGAACUUCAGUCUGUGGAACAUACCCCAUUUCACUCUUUUUACUUGAAAUAAAGUUUUGCUGAUAAAGUAGCUCGCCUUGUGCACAUCAUGCAGUGGAUUUGACUCUUCAUAUAAACAGAUUAAAUGAAUGUAUCAUCCAAAGUAGGCAUCACAGCAUUGCCAGUCCGUAGAAAGUGUGAAGUUGGGUAUGCUGCAGCUUUGAGUGCUAGUGCCGCUGUUUUGGAUGAGGAUGGUUAAAUUUCAGGGUCUUUGCAAAUUUAUGGUUUUCUACCGAUACAUGAGAGAUUGAAUCCUAAAUUAUCCUCAACUAUAGCUUCAAAGUGCGUAGCCAAAUGCCAAAAAGGCUGCUUAUGGAAAUAAAACCCAACUGAAUCAACGUAUGAAGGUUUUAGAUAAUUCUGGGUUUAGAGCAGUUGUCUCAUAUUUCACAUGUAUUUACAGUUUAUUUAUAGAGUAUUAAGACUGCUCAGCUGUAACAUGCAGCUAUCGUUUUUAAACAUUUGUCACUUGUUUAGUUUUUAUCCAAAUUAUUUUUAUCUGGCAAUUGCCUCAGUCAGGGUUGGACUUAAGGUCCAUGAUGUUCUUCUUCACCCAAAAAGUUAUGAUUGUGGGUUAGAUAAAUACACAAAGCCUCCCUCAAGUGCAUUAUGUAUACAUAUGGUUUUGUUAUUGAUAAUCCAAUCUAUUGGACUUAACAUGCUGAAUGACACUUGAAAUUUUUUACCUAUUGAACUCUUAACCAAAUGCUGAAUUGAUUUGAGGACCUAUGCCAAUCAGAUUCACUGUUACAAGGUCACGUGAUAGACGUCUACUUGUGUACACAUUUAAAACUGACAGGAACAAAGAUAUUGUGUGAUUGAUUUAUUGAUAGUGUCACUUCUGAGAAGUGCAAAAACAUUCCUCAUGAGGUUCAACUUGACUGUCGCUGCUUUGAAGAAAAAAAAAAAAAAAGAUUGGCUGUGCAUCUGUCGGCAACUAAAAUGUCAGAGCAAUCCUCUUAACACAUUGAAUGAACAAACCUCAUUUGGUAAUCACUGACAAGAUGGUGACAGUGGUCUGCUUUUAUUCUUGGUUUGCGAGAAAUUGAUGCAGCGAAAUCAAAGGCUAGCGACAGUGUGUGCUAAAUAUCAACAUGGAUCAUCUGUGAAAAUGAAAUGGUGUAUGCAGUUUCAUUUGGAAGUAUAACAUAUUGGGGCGGGGGGGGGCAAAAAAUAUUUUGUCAGCCACCAGUUGUGCCAGUUCUCCCAUUUAAAGAGAUAACCGAGGCCUGUAAUUUUGAUGACGGCUGUCCGUCCCCAACGAGCGACAAAGAUUUAAAAGGGGGGGGGGGGAUCCAGAAAAUCACAUCUGAUUCUUAAAAAAGGAAAUGGAAAAAAAGUAUUUGGUCACCUCCAAACAAGUAGGAUUUCUAGCUCUCACACAAUUCUGGCUUCUUCGAGAAGCUCCUCUGUCCUCCAUCCAUUACCUGUAUUAAUGGCACCCGUUUUAACUCAUUAGUAUAAGACAGCUGUCCACAACCUAAAACAGUCACGCUCCAAAGCCCACUUUAGCCAAGAGCAAAGAGCUGUCAAAGGUAUGCUGGUGACAAACUUGUAGAACUGGACACCAGGCUGUGAAGAUGGAAUAUGCAAUAAGUAAGCAGACUGGGGUGAAGAAAUCAAUGAUGAGAAGAUGGAAGACAUGCAAGACCACUGAUAAUCCCCCUCAAUCUGGGGGUUCCACGCAAAAUCUCAUGCCGCGGGGUUAAAAUGGUCACAAGGACAUUGUGCAAAACCCCCAGAACCACAUGGGGGUGACCUACUGAUACUGAAUGACCAGUAGAGUGUUGAGACCAUCAUAACAAAGACUACCAUCAAACACUCUACAUCGCCAAAGACUCAAACAGGGUUCAUACUCAGUCUGACCAAAUAAAUUUAAGGGCUUUUGAGGGGAAUUCUUAGGGGCUGACACGAAAAAUUUAGGGCUGACACGGAAAAAAUUUAGGGCUGACACGAAAAAUUUAGGGCCAUCGUGGGAAAUCAAGAGUAAGGAAAAAAGACUCACCCAAUGGUGCCAUCAACCAUUCUUGGUUCAUCAAAUGUUCCAGUACCUCAGUACCUGUGACAGUGAUCACCUGUCGGCCCUUGUGGUAGUUCUCAUUGAUAUGACCAUUGUCAAUGUCUUCACAUAACAGUCUACAGAAAAACAGAUUGUAACUACAAUUGCAACUAUAUACACAAAUAUCUUCUACUGAUGUCUGUCUCAGCACCCCUACUCUAGCUCCUUGAGCCUACCCAGUGCCUCCUCUAUUUGUUACUGCAGAGGUGCCAAAGUGGCUCUCUUGUCCUUUGUUCUGCCUCUGAGUGCAUUGGCCUCGGUGAUAAACCUCAGAUUCCUCUUUUCUUCUGCCUCCUCACACAGCCUGUCAGCCUUCUCAAUAGGCGUAGAUAUGUCAGUCUCUAUUCUGUCUUUUUUGGCUUUGAGGCAGUAGCGAUGAAAAGUGGGCAGCGAUGCCAAAUGUAGCCAGGUACGAAGUCUUCGUUUUCCCACAGUGGUAGUUUUUAGCAAUGUCACUGUCUGGGCACAUGACUGCAAACACUUUUGAAUUAUUUUCACAAGAUUUGUGAGUGUAAUGGCUGCAGAUCACUUUCAAAGUCCACACGAUCUCUGCCUUUAACGAGUCUGUCUCCGUGUAUUGAACUACGUUCAUGAAGCCUGAUUUCUGGCUGGUUGAAGUCGAUGACUGGACAACUAUAGGCGCGCAUGCAUUGCCAUUACCACUGCCUGAAGUUGAUGCUUCACUAUCUUGAUAUUUUAGAAACAGAUUCAUACCAACGGAAGAUGAGAGAGUCCUCGCCAAAUCAGCGUGUCUCCUGUUUUUCCGGUGCCACUCCAGCGCUUUGACGCCCAUGUUUUCAAGCUGGUAACUCUGCUUGCACAGAUGGCAGUAAAUCAUGUGCCGAUCUUUUGGAUCUCGACGAACCCAGCUCCCGAACUCCUUACUUUCAACCCAAGCUUCUUGAAAAAUGCACUUCCCCGUGAUACAAGUUGGAUCGAUGAAAGAACUACGCUACAUUGUGACGAAGUGAAAUGCCUACUCACGGAAACAAACAAUGGAAUAUCGACAAGAUGGCGAUGAGUUGUCAGCACGGUGACUUCCGUUGACAAUUUCCGGCUGUUUUGGACGCCGGACGGAUCGCUAAUUUUUUUUUUUACAUAAAAGAAUUUUUUUUUAGGGAGAAUUUUGGCGGUUGAGGUCCUCCCUUUGAUUUUUUUUUUUUUUUUUUUUUUUUUAAUUUAAGGCCUUUUUAUAGGCUUGACCGGCUUUCGCUGAUUUUUAAGGACUUCUAGGAGCCCCUAAAUGCACCUUCGAAAAUUUAGGGCCUGUUAAACCCUGCAGUGCCAGACGUGUACCCAUUCUAAAACCAGUAGCUGUCCAGCACUAUCUGGUUUGCUAGAGCGCGUUUGGGUGAGCCAGAAGCGGAGUGGUAAUGUUAGGUGGAACCAACAGAACUUUUGUGAAGAGAAAUAAUGCUGAGUUGCAUCCAAAGGACACCAUGCCUAUUGUGAAGCAUGCUUUGGAGCUAUUUUUCUUGCAAAGGCAUCAGGAUGACAGAACUGUGAAAAGGAGAAUGAAUGGAGGAUGUAUUGUGAGCUUUUGAGUGAAAACCCACCAGCAAGGGCAUUUGAAGAAGAAAUGUGGUAGGGUCUUAAAACAUGACAAUGAUCCCCAUUAAAUGUGAUUUUCUGGAUUCCUCCCCCUCAUUUAGUCUUUCAUAGGUGAGGUACCUGAAUACCUAUGAUGAAAAUUGCAGGCCUCUUUUUCAUUGUUAGAACUUGCAAAGAUAGUGGCUGACUACUUUUGGGGAUGUGUGCAUGUUCUGUAUGGUAUACCACUGUUAGGAUGCACACACUCCACACUUUUUGAUAUUAGAAACUACCCUGUGUUCAUGUAUGCACAGUACCUAGGCUUAAAGAGUAAUCAAACAAGAUAGGCUCAAUGUGGGUUUGUGGUCAACUAGCCGAGCUGGAUUCACAGACACUCGUGUGUUCUUUAUAUGAAUUAAAAGAAUCUGUAGGUGGUCAUGUUUGCAGUCUUUUGUGUCAUAAAAACACAGUAUUGACAACAAAGUCUUAAAUAUUAAAAAUUUAUUACAUGAA